AACCCUUUUAACACCUACCAAAAAUGGCGUCAUCACACAAGUUCUUCCCGGCCGUCCUCCUCCUCCUGCUGCUGGUUGUCGCCAUGGAGGUGGCGCCGGCGCAGGCGGAGGAGCCGAGGGUGUGCGAGACGGAUAGCACUCGGUUCAAGGGGAUAUGCAUGGUUGGCACAAACUGCGCCAACAUUUGCCUCACCGAGGGCUUCACCAGCGGCAAGUGCUCUGGCUUGAAGAGGAAGUGCAUUUGCACCAAACCAUGCUAGCUAGACUGAUAAAACGUGGUAAUGACCGUAAAUACCUAUAGAUCUGUUCUCAAGAUGGUCUGAGUCACAUCGAUCU